CGAGCUUCCGUCCAGCUCAUUCCUUCUGCAUCACCGAAGUUGGCAGCAGGAACACUCCCGAGUCGCCCAAGUUCAGUUUUCUCGGGCAGAAGCGGCCGUCGACGCCGCUGAACACCGACCCUCCAUCGACAUGAUCUUACUAACAAUGAUCGCGCGCGUAGCGGACGGACUGCCGCUUGCUGCGUCCAUACAGGGGGACGAGCAGUCAGGAAGAGAUCUCCAGCAGUACCAGGGCCAGGCCAAGCAGCUGUGCCGUAAACUGAAUGCUCAGAGCCCGGAUCGCUGUACCCUGGAGGCCGGCGACAUGAACUUCCACUAUUUAAUAGCACAGGGUGUGUGCUACCUGUCCCUCUGCGAGGCUUCAUUUCCCAAAAAGCUGGCUUUUGCCUACCUUGAAGACCUCCACAACGAGUUCUAUGACCAGUAUGGAAGGAAAGUACCCACAGUCACGAGGCCAUACUCUUUCAUCGAGUUUGACACAUACAUCCAGAAAACAAAGAAGACAUACGUUGACAGCAGAGCCAGGAGGAACCUGGGCAGUAUUAACACGGAGCUACAGGAUGUCCAGAGAAUUAUGGUGGCAAAUAUUGAGGAAGUUCUGCAAAGAGGAGAAGCUCUUUCUGCUCUGGACACAAAAGCCAGCAAUCUGUCUACCCUGUCGAAGAAGUACCGCAGCGAUGCCAAAUACCUCAACACUCGCUCCACGUAUGCCAAGGUGGCUGCUGUGACAGUGUUCUUCAUCACGCUCAUCAUCUAUGUGCGAUUCUGGUGGCUCUGAUGGACUCUCAGACAAGGACUUUGAUAUUAGGGAGGAGGUGUCUCCUUGAAAACACGUUUUAAGCGGAUCCUAUUACAUUUCCCACGGGGUGCCUUAGGGGGGGCAAAGGGGUCAAAGACAGUCUAUCCGUGUUGAGGGUAAAUGUUCUCCCUGUGCUUUAUUCAGCUUUGAGUGAUGUUAAAUAUACAGUCAAAACUGAGCCAUUGGUUUGUGAUGGGAAGCAAAUGCUUUAUGGUGACUUCUGUAACUUUUACUGGAAUAUAGAGAGAAGGUGGUGACACAUUGGUACAGGGGUUUCAGGAUUCGAAGAAACCAUGUACGUGUAUUCAGAGGUUUUGUGAAAAUUCUUAAUGUGAUAACAGAAUGUGUAUAGUUCAGAGUUUACACUGUAACAAAGUCUUAUUGAAAACAUUAAAUAUUUAUCAAAUUGA